UCAUUUCUCUCUCUGUCUUCAAAAGAAAAUUGAGAAAAUUAAGUCUAAAAGUUAGAGAGAGAGAGUUGUGAGCUUGGCUUCGGCGUUUGCCUCUCUGUCAUUCCCUCUUUUGUUCUUUUGUUCUUUUGCUUCGCUUUGAAUCGAAAUCCCAACACUAAAUUUACAAAAAUUCCCUCAAAAUCCCAAAUCCCAUCUGUAAUUGCCUUCUUCUUCGGUUUCUCGCUCUAACCCACCGACCCAAGGACCAGUUUACAGGCUUAUGCCCGUCCUAUUAGUGGCUUAUUACAACCGGAGAACAGAAGUACUGAGAAUAAUCAAUAUCAAAAGAAGAAAGUGAGAAUGCGCAAGUGGCUUUGUUGUUCUUGUCAAGUUGAAGAGACUAAUCCAGCAACUGAAAAUGAGCACCUGAAAAGCCCUAGUAAUUUUGCAGAUGGUCACCCAAAGGGCUCUAAAGUGUCAGCUCCUGCUAAAGCUGAGGCACAAAAGGCGGCGCCAACAAUUGAAGUGCCUGCACUGUCUCUGGAUGAACUGAAAGAAAUGACUGAUAAUUUUGGAUCCAAAGCAUUGAUUGGUGAAGGUUCUUAUGGUAGAGUUUACUAUGCAAAUUUGAAUAAUGGAAAAAAUGUGGCUGUAAAAAAGCUUGAUGUUUCAUCUGAGCCUGACAGUAACAUCGAGUUUUUGACUCAGGUUUCUACUGUAUCAAGAUUGAAACAUGAAAAUCUUGUCGAAUUGCUCGGGUAUUGUGUUGAAGGAAAUCUUCGGGUGUUGGCAUAUGAAUUCGCAACCAUGGGAUCUUUGCAUGAUGUGUUACAUGGCAGGAAGGGAGUACAAGGAGCACAGCCCGGUCCGGUGCUCGACUGGAUCCAGAGAGUGAGAAUUGCGGUUGAUGCAGCCAGAGGGCUGGAAUACUUGCAUGAGAAGGUUCAACCUCCGAUUAUACACCGAGAUAUCAGGUCCAGUAAUGUACUUCUCUUCGAGGAUUUUAAAGCAAAGGUAGCUGAUUUUAACCUCUCCAAUCAAGCGCCUGAUAUGGCAGCCCGUCUUCACUCAACUCGGGUUUUGGGAACUUUUGGUUAUCACGCUCCAGAAUACGCAAUGACUGGACAGCUGACACAGAAAAGCGAUGUAUACAGCUUUGGUGUGGUUCUACUUGAGCUUUUGACGGGUAGGAAACCCGUCGAUCACACGAUGCCCCGUGGACAGCAAAGUUUAGUCACCUGGGCUACUCCAAGGCUAAGUGAGGACAAAGUCAAGCAGUGUGUAGAUCCAAGACUAAAGGGGGAAUACCCUCCUAAAGGAGUUGCAAAGCUAGCAGCCGUGGCCGCUUUGUGCGUGCAGUAUGAAGCUGAGUUCCGACCAAAUAUGAGCAUCGUCGUGAAAGCUCUCCAGCCUCUUCUGAAGCCCGUCACUCCUGCCGGUCCUCCUGCACCUCAGUCUUGAUGGCAAUGUACAUGGUUCCACCCCCGAGUUCAAAUUCUUCUUGUGUAUGCUUCGAAUAGUUUUACUAUCCUCGUAUGCCUGCUAUGUUUGGUCGGAUAACUUUAUGCAUAUGUCUUUUAUUUCCUUGUUGUAAAUGGUGGGUUUGGAUGCGGUAGAUUUGCGCGGUUCCUGGUUUUCGAGUCAGUCUGUCUCGGGAGGCUAUAAAGAGAGUGAUGGUAGCUGGAUGUGUGGAAAAGAAUGUGUGUUUCUGAAUAAAAAUGGAGUCUGUCUCCCCCAUUUUAACACAUUCUGCCAACUCAAAGCUGCAGAGUGCAGAUUUACCUGAGGCUUUAUUAGGUCUUCUAAUUGAUUCUGUUGUUAUAUUUUGUUCUUAAAAUCUGAUCUGAACAGAAACUUACUA